CGGCGGCGUAUCAAAAACACAAACGGACUCCGGUGACUGCGUCAAUAUUUCACAUCAGUGCUACAGACGUGACGCUGAGGACAACUUUUAAUUAUUAUUUAAUAAAGAGGCUUCGAGGCAGUUCAGGCUCAUUUUUCAGGUCUAUUUUCUUCGUUAACCGGUGGAGGCUGAGUUACCUGAAGGAGGUUUGAUAAUUUCAAGCAGCGACGUGACACCCAGAUCCUGGACAGAUUCUCAGGUGCAGCUCAAACCAGACACACAUGGAUGUCAGCAGGACGAGGCCCAGUGAUGCUGCCCACUUCAGUCUACUCGGCACCAAAUAGUCACAUCAGCCAGCUGAGCAGCCGCCACAACACCCCUGAAGAGGACGAUGAGACCAUGAGCACUGAGCAGCAACAAGCCGUCCACCGUCCAGACUCCACCUCCACCCGUGACGUCCGCCACACUCCUCCAGACCACGUUCUGCACCGCGAUGACUCCGUGUUCAGCAGACAGCGGUCGGACCCAGACGUCCACACCCUCCCCCAAAGCAGCUUCUGCUCGUCGCAGCCCCAUCGCAGCCUGCCGGCCGGGUACGUCCAGCCGACUCCGUUCCCGAGCCACGUGGACGGCAGCUGGCUCCACCCGAGCUUCCCCAGCGGCUCAUCGGAGUACCCCAACAGCCUGCCGUCCUGCCUGAGCCAGAAGGAUUACUCCAGUUACUCGGCAGAGAGCUGCCUGUCCAGAUACAAGUUCCUGUCGCUGCCCAACAGCCACAUGGCCAGCAUGAGCAACCUGGAGCAGCCGAUGUCUCUGCGCUCCAACCCGCCUUCAGCUGAGCUCCGCCACCACACGCUGUCGCCGUACUCGUGUUUACCGCAAGGAGCCGCCUGCUGCGCUCAGUGUCCAGCUGAGGCCUUCAACAGAGGCCCAGUGGCCAACAAACCCCACUGGCCUCAGUACCACCCAGCAUACCCCCCCUACUAUCCAGGUGACUGCAGACUUCCUGGAGCUGAAUACAUGCACAUUGGCCACAACACUCCGCCCAAAGAGAGACACCCUCCCUUCAGCACGCCGCUGUCUCUGGAGCAGAGGAAGGUUUUUGUCACUUACGAGGCGGACAACGACAAACACGUCAAAGAGAUCAUCAACUUUGUGGCUCUGCUGCGACACAAUGGCUUCGACACGCAUAUCGACAUAUUUGAGCAGCAGUUCAGAAGUAUAAGCAAGAUCGACUUCAUGGAGCGAUAUCUCAGUGAGAAAGAGUAUCUGAUCAUCAUCAUCAUCAGUCCUAAGUACUACGAGACAGUGACGGCCUCCCCCGUCGGCCUGGAGAACGACGAGAGGACCUUCAACACAGUUUACAUCCAUAAACAGCUGCAGAAUGAAUUCAUCCAGAAUGGAAGCAAGAAUUUCAGGUUCAUUCCCAUUUUGUUCCCCGGGGCCAGAAAGUGUCACGUCCCGAACUGGCUUCAAAACACACAUGUUUAUGGAUGGCCACGGGAUCGAGAUGACAUUCUGCGGCGGCUGAUGAGGGUGGAGAAGUACAACCCGCCUCCUAUUGGGGAACUACCGACCAUCGUUUCCAUCCCCAUAUAGAAAACUCAGACUGGACUGAAAUUCUGGAACGCUGUCGGUCAUUGUUGAGGUGAACAGGGACACAUGUAUGGAAAACCAAUGCUGUCAUAAUUAGUUUCAUUCUUCUUGGCUUUGACAUUUUAAUAAUAGCGCUUGUUAUUAUUGAAAGGCACAACUGUAAAAGUCGGUCAUUCGGUGGGAACAAAUGUCAGUUUGUCACCUCACCUCUCGGUGCAGAAUUGGAAGGCUAAAGUAGUCCAGAGAUUUUCCUAGUCAGCUAGUUGUCACACAUUUAUGAACUCCAUCAUCUAUCAUCUAAAUAUACACCAUAAAAAGAUCUGAGGGGCUCAGAGAAUGUUACAAGUAAGCUAUCGUUGCUAACAUUGUGCUACAUCACAGACAAAUACAAAACAACAGCUAACAUUGAGACUUAAAAAUAUAAAUAUUCCAAGUGUGCAGAGAAAGCAGGCCGCAGCAACACUGACAAAAGCAGUAAUUGUUGUGAAUGCUUCAGAAAAACCAGCAAGGAGGCUGAACCUUUUAGUAAUGAGCCUAAUCAUAUAGUGACCGCAGUUAUCACAGAAACUAUAGGAGCCUGUCAGUCCGUUGUUGGCUGCACUGGACUCCUGUAAAUAAAAACACAUGGCCGCAUCAUCAGUCGUUCGGUGAACUAUCAAAGAAAUUGUAUGUUGCAUUCAUGUUUCAGGACUGGACUUAACCACCCGACUGAACAGCUUUUCUUGUACAAACCCUAAGUUUGUAUGUGACCCUCUUAGGUUGUCUUUCCCCCCUUUAAAAUGAGCCCACACUCUGCUUAUGUAACUACUGUCUAAUAACUGCAGGGACCAUCUGUGUAAACAACAUCUGUCUGUGGGAUUAAAGUAGAUUUUUUUCCUUCUUAUAACCAUCUGACCAAUCAAAACUUAGUCGAUUCCCCUCAUUGACUAGAGUUUGUUCAACUAUUAGGAGAAAAUCCAGCAAAAUUUCUCUUUUUUCUGAAUGUUCAAUGUUUUAAUGACAGUACUUGAUGAUAGUGUCUUUUUCACACCUGCAGGGUCCAACAUUAACCAACUGAUGCAAUUAUUUGUGUUUUUGCUUUCAAGCUGAUGCUAAAUUAAGUGGAGAUUGUUAAUUUGUCUAUAGCACAUAGAAUAGAUAUAUAAUAAUGACAAUAACAGAUAUAUAAUAAUGUAGGUCCCACUCCAAAAGGUCCCACGAGAAACCAGUGCUUGCAAAAGGUUCCUAGAUACAUACUGAAUAUGCACAAACCGGCUUUGGGGGAAUGGAUACGCUAUCUCAGCUGCAGUCUGAAUGCAGUUAUUUUUUAAUUUAUGAUGCGAAUACGUGACGAUCAGCGUUAAAGACUUAGAAGCAGCUCCUUCAUCGGGGUCUGACUUUUACUUAUAGUUCCGCUGGUUAGCCUCUUUGUGAAUAUUUGUGCUGAAAGAUACCCAGCUAGCUACCAAAUGUCAGAUAUUCAACUUCUUACUUUUUGGAGUACUUUUUGGAGUUUUCUCCAGAAAAAAAAAGAGUAACAAUUAAAUGCCAUUUCAUUGUUUUUGCCUCCCUGUGCGGUCUCUUAAAGUGGACGUGUUUAUAGUUCUAUACAUGGUUCAACACUUUAGUCUGCUAUGCUAAUGGUCAUCCUCUUAUCAAACUCAGAAAAAGUCACGGGGCUUCUGAAAGUCUUUGUGCUUUUUACAGGAUAUAACAACUACUUACAGAUUAAGCUGCAGCACUGUGUCAACCUGCUUAUUCCUGAGGUGUGGCGAACACAAUAACUGAACAUAGCACAAGAUUCCUGGAGAAUUUAGAACUUCCUACGGUGCUUCGGCGUUGGUUAUAGACAGCAUGUACAAAUCAAAGCAUGUCUAAAAUCCUGCAGCAACUACUUCAGUUCCAACUCUUUUACUGAUGAGAUAGAACGGUGUGGAUGACGCAGAAUCUUUACAUCACACCAUCCAACAUGUGGUCACAUGGAUGUGGAAGGCAUUGAUUCACCUUUAGCUAUCUGCUGUCCUCAUGUUGCUUCUAUGUUAUUUAAUCUAGGGUUACAAAGGAUCAUGGGAUAUAGGAGAAGCAAAAGAACAACUCAGAUUGUUCACAAUGGAAGUGUGAAAUGCUGCUUCACCUAUGCCAACCAUAGAUGAAGCCAACCACUCAGCUCACAGUAUUAUAAUAUUGAAAGGUACAAAAAAAUGAGAUGAAUUGUGACCCCAUUGGUUUCCCAUUUUCAUGUGCACGACGUCUUAUUUUACUGGAGUGUGGCUGUGUAGAGAUUGUAAGAUGCUUGGUGAGUCGUUUCACUGGGAUGUACUGUGUGAGAUUCUUUAAAUUCAACAUUUUAAAUUAAUGCACAGAGAAGUACCAGCACUGAUGUACCAUAGAGGCUUAGCUUGUCACACUGAUCUGCAUUAUGCUGAAUGUUUACUGGUGCUACUCCAAGUUUAUUCAUUUUACAGCCUGACAAGUUUUUUGAAAAUGAGUCAAAUGAUUGUACAAUCUAAACACGUAUCCUCAUAAAAGUAAAUGAGAUUUUUCUAAUUUUACCGGGAGUCACGUGCACAUCUUCUAAAUAUAUAACUGAUAUGAUGAAUGGCCUGAUGAUGUAUUUACAGAGUGGGACAGCAGAGCUUUUAAUUAUGAUACGUAAACAUGGACAGGUUCGGUACACAGUCUUAUUACAGGUGCCUGUUCACUGCAAACAGCUGCCCAGCUGGAUGCAGUUACUGAGCAACAAGAACAGAAAUGUCCUGAUUUAAUUUGAUGUUUUGUAUGGUUUUGUUGUCACAUGUACAUUGAUCAGCUUUAGGUCUGUGGCUGGUCAGUUUUACACACCUCUGUAGGCAGCACUGGAAUCACACAUUUUCUUCUGGUAUUAAAUUAUGUCAAAACUAAA